UUUAUCAGUGGGACAAAAAAAAAAAAAGAAAGAUAUUAUUUCUCUGUGUUUGGAUGUGAAGAAAGUGAGAGAAAAUUUUUUACAGAGGCAAAGAGAAUAUCUUCCAGCAACGCACACCGCUCUCCGAGUUCUCAACCACCAUCUCGCUCUUCUCCACUUCGACCCGGAUGCUUACAUUGACAUACUCUCCGCCAUUCAUAAUAAAAAGACUGGAAUCCAUUAAAAUAGGCAGGACUUCGAGCAGUGUCGUGGUAUGUGCUGCAAAAGGUCCAAGACCAAGAUAUCCUCGAGUUUGGAAAAAAAGACAGAGAAUUGGAACUAUUUCCAAGUCUGCAAAGCUCGUUGAAUGUAUUAAUAAAUUGUCGAAUGUCAAAGAGGAAGUUUAUGGGGCUCUUGAUUCCUUCAUUGCAUGGGAUUUAGAGUUCCCUUUAAUUACGGUGAAGAAGGCAUUGAAGACUCUUGAGGAUCAAAGAGAAUGGAAGAGAAUAAUUCAGGUGACGAAGUGGAUGUUGAGCAAAGGACAAGGAAGAACAAUGGGAAGCUAUUUCACAUUACUAAAUGCCUUAGCAGAGGAUGAGAGACUUGAUGAGGUUGAAGAGCUUUGGACAAAAAUAUUUACAGAGAACUUAGACAGCACACCUCGUGUUUUCUUUGAUAAAAUGAUUUCUAUUUACCAUAAAAGGGGCAUUCAUGAGAAGAUGUUUGAGAUAUUUGCUGACAUGGAAGAGCUUGGUAUCCGACCAACUGUUCCAAUUGUUACAAUGGUUGGGAAUGUCUUCAAGGAGCUGGGUAUGAUGGACAAAUACAAGAAACUGAAGAAGAAAUAUCCCCCACCAAAAUGGGAAUAUCGAUACAUCAAAGGAAAACGUGUUAAAAUUCGAGCUAAGGAUCUUCGAGCAAUUGAUGGUUCUAAUAAAGAUGCAGGUAAGCAUGAGGAGACUUACCAGACUUCCAAUGAUAUGCAUGAGGAAGCUGACACAAGUUCAGAUGAACUCGAUAUUGAAGCUAAUGAUCCUAGCAAGGAUGUAAUUAGGCAUACUGACAAGACUCCAAUUGAUGGUUCUAAUAAAGAUGCAGGUAAGCAUGAGGAGACUUACCAGACUUCCAAUGAUAUGCAUGAGGAAGCUGAGACGAGUUCAGAUGAACUCGAUAUUGAAGCUAAUGAUCCUAGCAAGGAUGUAAUUAGGCAUACUGACCAGACUCCAAUUGAUGGUUCUAAUAAAGAUGCGGGUAAGCAUGAAGAGACUUACCAGACUUCCAAUGAUAUGCAUGAGGAAGCUGAGACAAGUUCAGAUGAACUCGAUAUUGAAGCUAAUGAUCUUCGCAAGGAUGUAAUUAGGCAUACUGACCAGACUCCAAUUGAUGGUUCUAAUAAAGAUGCAGGUAAGCAUGAGGAGACUUACCAGACUUCCAAUGAUAUGCAUGAGGAAGCUGACACAAGUUCAGAUGAACUCGAUAUUGAAGCUAAUGAUCCUAGCAAGGAUCUAAUUAGGCAUAUUGACCAGACUCCAAAUGAAUUUUAUGAGGAAUCUGAAACAAAUUCUGAAGAACUCGAAAUUGAAGCCAACAUUUCUUCUUGACCAGCCAGAGGUGUGACAUUCAUAUUCGUUGAUAUGCUCAUUUCUUACAAGUUGUUAGGGACUUAAGGUUGCUAAGAGCUUUCUGGUGUUUCUGUUUUAUUCUUCUGAACAAAAGGCUGCUAGAAAAGCUGAAAGUUGUGAUGUCACUUGGAGUGUAAUCCAAGAUAUAGUGUUGGCACACAUUGAAUUUAUGCUGCCUGGCCUUCCUGGAUAGUUGCAAUGAUGAAGCCAAAGGCAUGUUAUGUUGUCUUUGUUUUCUCCGUCCUGUUGGGUGACCAAUCUUGGAGUGUAUCUGGAGGAGAUAACACUGUUAUGGCCACUGCAAAACAAUUUUUGUUGCUUUAUUCUGGGAAUUUUUUGAAAGAUGUGGUAGGAAGUACUCAUAGAAGCUUGGAAAUUUUUUCCCUCACUGUCUUUGCUUUUUUCCCCCUAUAUGUGAGUGUAAAUUCAUCAUUUAUGUCUGAAACAACUUCAAGAAAGAAUGGCUUAUUGAGAUUGCAUGGACAUGAUUAUUGAAAAAUUCUUCCUAAGACA